GCAGUCUUCCUUCAGUUUGACAAUGGCAUCUAGCAAACUAUUUCAAAAGCUUAUGGGAGACAAUCUCAGAGCUGUUGCACCAAUCAAGGUCAUCGCUGUUUUAUUGUCGGUGAUUGCGGUUGUGUGGCUGGUGACGUCAGUGGCGGGGGAGCGCUGGGUGAAGGUGACGUCACGUUACCACGAGGGACGUACAUGGGAUUGGGGCCUGUGGAACACGUGCCAUGAACUGCAGGAAGAUGUUCGCGUCUGCGUGAACGAAGACUGGCUGACGGCGUGCCUGGUGUUUGGUAUAAUGUCGGUUGUGUUCUGUGUCGCCGGGACGAUUUGUGGCGGCCUGGGUGUGCGUUUCUGUGGCUCUGAUUCCAGGAAGACUGACGCAUUUUAUAAAGCCGCUGCUGGGUUCCUCGGAACUGUGGCACUACUCGAGUUUCUCGUGGUGGUGAUAUUUCCGGUAAAGUUUGGCGAGGAUAUUCAGAAAUCGGAUCAGAUAAAGCGCUGGGAUUUCGACUGGGCGUACGGGUUCGCUUGGGGAGGCCUUAUUUUCAGCAUCGGGGCCUCGUUGUGUUACCUGGUGCCCGGGAAAUACACGGCGCUUGAGACUGGCGGCAAGUCAGACAGCAGUGAUGAACAGGACUACUCACCAGGGUAGCCAUGGAGACAUAUGCGUCACAGAUAUGCAUAAAGUGAGACAUAAAAUGUACAUUUGUCUAGCUAAAAAAGAGUGUGUAUUUCACGACUAACAGUACGAAUAAAAAUACACUCUAACAAUUUAGCACAAUUCAGUUAUAGUGUGUCUAUAAAGCAUGUGUGCGCAACCAAUCAUAUAGGAGUAUUUAUGUCAAUGUGACUUGAAAUGGCAUGAAUAAAGUGUCCAUUACCUAAAUCAUCACCAUCAUUCUCUAGUCUUUACUGUUCAACAUUUUCACUGAAUCCGUAAUUAAAUUCUUGAAUAACACCUCAAAGCAAGCACCAAAUAAAU